AUGUCCGAUUAUAUUAAAAGACAUACAUUUAAAGUAUUCAAUCAAGAUUUCACAGUGGAUGAACGGUUCGAAUUAAUAAAAGAAAUAGGUCAUGGUGCAUACGGUAUAGUAUGUUCAGCCAAAUUCACAGAAGCUGUAGAGGAAACUAAUGUAGCAAUUAAAAAAGUCACCAAUGUUUUUUCUAAAACUUUGUUAUGUAAGAGAUCCUUACGUGAGUUGAAACUAUUAAGACACUUUAGAGGUCAUAAAAACAUUACUUGUUUAUACGAUAUGGAUAUUGUCUUUUUAAAUGACAAUACAAAUGAUACUAAUUCAUUCGAUGGGUUAUAUUUAUAUGAAGAGUUGAUGGAAUGUGAUAUGCAUCAAAUUAUAAAAUCCAAUCAACCUUUAACUGAUGCACAUUAUCAGAGUUUUAUCUACCAAAUUUUAUGUGGUUUAAAAUAUAUCCAUUCUGCAGAUGUGUUGCAUAGAGAUUUGAAACCAGGGAAUCUAUUGGUUAAUGCUGAUUGUCAGUUGAAAAUUUGUGAUUUCGGUCUUGCAAGAGGUUAUUCAGAAAAUCCAGUGGAGAAUAAUCAAUUUUUGACUGAAUAUGUCGCUACAAGAUGGUAUAGAGCCCCAGAAAUCAUGUUAAGUUACCAAGGUUAUACUAAAGCCAUCGAUGUUUGGUCUACUGGUUGUAUUUUGGCUGAAUUCUUAGGUGGGAAGCCAAUUUUUAAAGGGAAGGAUUAUGUCAAUCAAUUGAAUCAAAUCUUACAAGUUUUAGGGACUCCGCCCGAUGAAACUUUAAAGAGAAUUGGAUCUAAAAACGUUCAAGAUUAUAUUCAUCAAUUAGGUUUCAUACCAAAAGUUCCAUUUGUCAAUUUAUAUCCAAAUGCAAAUCCACAAGCUUUGGACUUGUUAGAAAAAAUGUUAGCGUUCGAUCCACAAAAGAGAAUUACUGUUGAUGAAGCUUUGGAACAUCCCUAUUUAUCUAUAUGGCAUGACCCUGCUGAUGAACCUAUUUGUUCUGAAAAAUUCGAAUUCAGCUCUUUUGAAAGUGUUAAUGAAAUGGAGGAAUUGAAACGAAUGGUUAUUGAAGAAGUUCAUGAUUUUAGACAAUUUGUUAGACAACCAAUAAUAGACGAACAAAGAGCUCUACAAGAACAACAGCAACAGCAGCAACAGCAACAACAGCAACAACAGAUGGAUGAACGUGAUUUCUCUCAACAAGUUAUGAUGAAUCAAUCUCAAGCUAAUAUUCCGGAAGAAUUGCAAGAUUCAUUCGUGGGAAUCCAUUCACAGGGACUACCAAAUCAUCAAGACUCUGACUUCCCUCCAAAACCACAAGAAAAUUUUUUGGCUUCUCCAAAUGAUCUAAGAAAUUCAUCAGGUAGUCUAAUACCUGGCGCACAAUCCACUAAUAAUAAUAAUACUGCUUACGACGACUUCUUCGACUUGGAAAAAGAAUUAGAAUUCGGUCUAGAUAGAAAAUAUAUAUAA